AUGAGUGAUAAUAAUAAGAAUGAAGUAAUAGUAGUAGAAGAAGAUACAACACCAAAAGUAGAAACUAAAUACUUGUACAUGCCAGAGAUCAAAGAUGAUUAUGAUCGAGCAAAGUUCUCAUUAGUAUCUGAUUUCCCAGCAUGCUAUCAAACCAUCGAUAUGGCAAUCGAAUGCAAUCGUAGUCAUGGAGUAGCACCAGAUGUUUUAAUUAAACCUUGCAAAGAGAUACAAGGCCAUAUGAGGUUUUGUCUACUUAGUACUUUUUGCCCGAAACAAGCUUCACUACUUGUUGAUUGUAUGAAAGGAAGAAUACCCCUAGAUGAACAACAACCUAUACCAAAGAAUUGUUUAAAAUUUUGGAAUGACUUUGAUUCUUGUUUAGGUAAAGCAACAGAUGACUUUGAAACAAAAAAUAAUCCAUUAAAGAAAUAA